AUGGGGUGUGAUACUUACACGGAGGCCUUUAAUUUUGCGAUAGAAGAUUUAAAAAAAGGAAUCGAUUAUGGUAAUUCAAUGAUAGAGUACAGAUACAGUAUACAAAAAGCAUUUGAAAUGAUAAAAUCUAAAGUUGCUGAGAUAAAUAAAGAAAGGGAAAUUGUUGAUGGUGACGACGGUCCCGAAAAUCCUUUAGACUUUGAAGCUGUAGAAGCUGCAAACACAAUGGAUGACUUUCAGAGAAUCAAUCUAGUAGAAGUAAAGCAGAUUGAUCUUGAAAGUUUCAUCGCAAAACUUAAUACCGAUCAAAAAAGAGUCUUCGAUAUGAUCACAAAUAAAAUGGACACAACCGAUAGUAACGCUGACAUUUUACGCUGUUUUGACAACCAAGAAUCAGAAGUUGAUGAACAAGUAAAUACUGAAAAUAGUGAUGAUGUUAACAAUGAUGACAAUAUUGCAAUUUCGGGAAAAUCGUCACAACAACCAUCUACGUCUACAUCAAAUGAUAUGACGCCACGCAACAAGGUCGCGGAACCAGCACCAGCUGCGAAAACAUCUACAUCUGGUACAUAA